AUGAGUCAAGAGAAGCUCAUUCUAGCAGUCAAUGCUGGCUCGAGUUCAGUCAAGAUCUCCGUCUAUGUCACCCAUGCGCAAGAAUUGAAGCAGGUUGCAGAAGCGACGCUCAGCGGCCUCACUUCUCCGCCUGCAAAGCUCAAGCUGUCCAUUGAUGGCAAGUCUAUUGCAAAAGAUGAAGAGAUUGAAAAAAUUGAGUCGCAAGAAGAUGCGUUUGGUGCUAUCCUGACUAGGCUCGAAUCUGAAGAGUCACUGAGCCAGUUGAAGAACAAGAACGACAUCACGCACGUUGUUCAUCGUGUCGUGCACGGUGGAGACUUUCAAGAGCCGCAGAAGCUCACGCCAGAGACAGUCGAGAUACUGGAUCAUCUGACAGAACUUGCGCCGCUGCAUAAUGCACCUGCUCUAGCAAUCGUCAAAAAAUGCAACGAGCUCUUGUCUCAUGCGCACAGUUACGCUUGUUUCGACACGCAAUUCCAUGCUACAAUCCCAAAAUACGUCUCGACGUAUCCGAUUGAUCCUGAGAUUGCAGAAAAGAAUAAGCUGCGUCGAUAUGGAUUCCAUGGUUUGAGUUACAGCUUUAUGACACGCACGAUUGCUACUGCACUGAAAAGAAACGACGUCAAUCUCAUCCUUUGCCAUCUCGGUUCUGGCGCUUCCGUUUGUGCCGUCGAGCAAGGCAAGUCUAUUGAUACAACCAUGGGUUUGACGCCUCUUGAAGGUCUACCGGGCGCCACACGCUCAGGCAGUCUCGAUCCAAGUCUGAUCUUCCACUAUGCCAGCAAUGUUGGCAAAUUGUCAGGCACAAGCACAUCAGCACUGCAUAUAUCAAAAGCAGAGGAAAUACUGAACAAACAAGCUGGUUGGAAAGCAUUGACGGGGACGACUGACUUUGGCGUUUUGACAGAGAAAAUGACAGGUUCUGGGAAAGAAGCGGAAGCGUGUCACCUGGCAUUCGACUUGUUUGUGCAUCGAUUGACAUCCAUCAUUGGUGGUUACUUUGUGCAGCUGGAAGGUAAAGUGGAUGCACUCGUCUUUGCAGGUGGUAUUGGCGAAAAGUCGGAUGUGCUGCGACGCGCAGUCGUGGACAAGAUUGCUUGUCUUGGGUUUUCCCUGCACGCUCACUCUCAAGACAAGAUUGAUCGAGUGCAAUGGCUAGGCGACAAGGUACUCCUCUGUGAAACGGAUGAACAACGUGAAAUGGCUCAAAUGAUUAUGAAUGACUAG